GCUUUACUUGUCCUGGAUAUUUGAUUCUAGUACUCAACUUAGGCUUUGGUAAAGCUCUGUUCAAGAUGGCUGCGAAGGACACAUUGCCCUAUAUCACAACUCACAGAGAAGAGUCUCAAGGCUCAGCAAAAGUUGACAUAGAAAGUGAGGCGGAAGGCCGAGUACCCACUGGAGAGUUCUCGGAUGUCACUCUUGAAGGCAAGAGUGAGGAUGUGUGCGCAGACUGCGAAAAGGCACAUCUCCCCCAGAGACUGGUGAUAUGUCACGACGGGACAUGGAUGCUACCUGAUGGUGCAAUUGGGUCCAUGAAGGGAAAUGCGAGCAACGUAUUCCGCAUAUGGUGUAUGGUGAAAGAAGGAAUUGUAACGGACAUGAAUGGCAAGCAGUGGAAACAAGUCCGCGCACCAUUCAUCGAUGGGAUCGGAGCUGUGGAUCGGAUCAUUGAAAGAAUUGUCACUGGGGCUACCGGCGAAGGACCUACAGGAUACGAGGUCAAAAUCAGACAGAUAUACAAAAUGUGCUGCGAUAUCUGUCCCUCCAGAGACGAAAUAUUCAUGUUUGGAUAUAGUCGGGGAGCUUUUAUACUGAGAUCUGUGGCUGGUCUUUUACAUCACUUGCAAGCUCUUAAACCCAGCCUCCCCGACUUUGACGAGCAGUUUCUUCGAGGUCUUCGCAUCUAUCGAGCGGCUCAGACGAAGUCUCAAUUCUUGGAAAAUUCGGUUUUCCGGCACUUAUCCCAAAAUACCCGGCCUGCCCCUAAGAUCAAGUUCCUUGGCUGCUUCGAUACCAUAAAAGCGGUAAAUGACUCAAAUCUCAACGACAUCGGACUAUUAGAUAGUACCCUCCAUGUACGGCACGCUAUGGCUCUGUUUGAGAAGCGUGAUCAACUACUAGUUGAACGCUUCGACGUACCAAAAUCGGAAGUGAGCAACAAAAACGACCACUCAUUCCAAGAAGCGUGGUUUGCCGGUUCCCAUGGAAAUCUUGGUGGUGCAGGUGAAGAAGAUGGACUUGCCCUGUGGCCUUUACAGUGGAUAGUGAGCGAAGCAGAGAAGCAGGGAUUAGUGUUAGGAUUCAAUCGGAUGCCAAAGUCUGAGCUGGAAGAUCCUGCCAAGUUAAUAUUUCCGAAGGGUACCCAUGGCAUGAAACAAAUUGAUUGCGCAAAUGGCAUUAAUAUUUGUAUAUGGAAUCUGGCGCCUGUCCUGGAUACGGAAGGCUUCUUCCCUCUGUUGGACAGCGGACGGUCAUCAGUAUUCAUAACAACCAUCAGUGAUCGGGCUAUCUUCAGCACUGGAGGUGCCAACUCUGGAAAGCUGAUCGGAUACAACCCAACAGCUCGAAGUGGGACCUUUAUUCACCCCUCUGUAUUCCUCCUAGAUGAAACAGUUGCUAGCAUUGCAAAUACUGUAAAUGCUACUCCCUAUUGUGAAGCCUUGCGUUCUCAAGCGGUAUUUUCCGUCCCAAAUAGCGAACAAAACUUUUGGAAUAUCCACAAAGAACUUGCAGCGAAGAAGGAAAUUCAGUAUCCUAGGAUCGUAGUAUGUGGAAUGACCGAGGUUGGCAAAUCAACGCUCAUAAACGCCGCGCUGGGAAAGAAGAUGACGCAAGAGUCGAAAGGUCACCAGCCAGGAGAGCAUGACAUCCAGGUCGCACUGGAAUCUGAAGACAAAAGCUUUAUCAUACAUGAUUCGUGCGGAUUUGAAGCGGGGAAAGAGUCGAAUUAUACUGCGGUGCAAGACUUUCUCAUUGAGAGAAGAGACCAACCAAGUUUUCAGGAGCAAGUGCAUUGCAUCUGGUAUUGCGUCAGUACAGAUAAUCGUCGGAUUCAAGGAUCAGAUCGAAAGUUCAAGGAAAUCGACUUUGGAGGCGUCCCCGUCUUAUUGGUAUUUACCAAGUCGGACAGGCUCAAGCGAGAGAUGAAGUCUUUGGCCAUCGAGGAAUACCAAAUCCAACACGAAUGCGAUGUUGAAGACAUCAGCGACAUACCGAAUAGCGAUAAAGCACAUGUGAAAGAACGAGAGAAAGAGCUGUAUGAAGAGGAGAUGCUCAGACGGAGCUCUGAGUGGUUCGAAGAGAUUGGUGUCUUCUCGGACUAUGUUUUCGUCAGCGGAAAGUCCAGGGACCCAGAGUCAGUCAAUCAUCUACUUGACGUAUCGCGAGAAUCGAUGAGCAGCGAUCGGAUGAUUCAGAUCCACGCCCACGCCCAAGACGUAUUCGUGGACCGAAAGCUCAAAACUUCAAUCACGAAGCUGGUUUCCAUGCUUCUUGAAACUAGGCCCAAGGUUGCCUUCUUCAAUUCGAAUGAGAGAAUCGAGAAACUUGUCACAUCGGCAAUUCAAACAACAGCAAGCAUCUUCCAUUACAAGAAUUUCAAUCCGGACGCCUACGUGUUGCUGAUCAGGACCGAACUAUGGCCACCAACUCCUCCAGAAUCCGUUGCUUCCUGGAUUCCUGGUGGGAUUGCCGGCGGGGUUGCAACAGGCGCUGUCUACGGUGCUAUGUCGCUCUUACUGGGACCAGUUGGUGUCUUUGCACGAGCCGCAGUUUGGGUAGGCGGCAUUGCCGUCGCUGGUGUUGCCAAUGCGCAAAAGCUGGGUCUCGGGUUGAUCAUGGCCUGUCUUGACGUUUUGCUCGUUCUGGAACGGCUAUUCUGGUAUACUGGCAGCCAGAUCGAUGAGAAGUGCGUCCAUGCUGCUUGUUUAUAUUAUCUUCGCGUCCGGCCUAAAGUCUUCGCUAAAGUGAUGGGGAGAUUAGGGACCAACUUUCUCCAAGCAGAGAAUUGGCCGAAUAAGCUGGAGCUCGAAUGCCUAUUAACGGAUAUCGUGAAAGAGUUUCGGUACAAGAGAAGAUCUUCUGGAAGCAGUACCGUCGAUUCGAAAGAGAAGAGUGAAAUUAAAGGAGACCUGAAGGAUACUUCCAAGGUUGAAUCAUCUUAACCACGGUCUGAAAAACAACAAGCCAUCACAACUCAACCGCCACUUAAAUCAACACUGUCUUAUACUCUGCCGGCUCCUUAGUAAGAAUAAUAUCGACGGAAAGAGGAUCAUUCUCUGUGAUGUAUUUGUGAGUGAUAAGUCACGUGAAAAUGGCCCCUCCUCACAGAACAUUCUUGAUUAUUGCCCUAGUGAAGC